AUGUGGAAGCUCCACGCUACGUUUCGCCCUAAGAUGGCACUCACACUUUCGUCUCGAUGUCGUGCAUCAAGUACAUCCACAAUCGAUAAUGGUAAAGUACCAAUUAACAAACUUUUCAUUACAUCGACGGAAGUGACGAAAAAAACGGCCCCCGUGCUGAUUGGCCUGACCAACACUCUGGAGCAAAAGUUUACACGCGUGGGGUACUUUCGUCCAAUUCAGCCAUUAGAUAAGAGUGAUCAUCAUAUUGAAGUGAUGAAGCAACAACUAGGGUUGACAAAGCGUAUUGACGAACUUUACGGCGUGACUAGUGAACGUGCGAUUGAUUGCUGGCUGCGUGGCAAAGCUGACGACUUGGUGGAAGAGAUUCUCGAUCGAUACGAAUCUUGUCGUGAAGGUCACGAUUUUAUGCUUAUUGAGGGGUCGCAACUUGCCACUCAUCAAAGUGCUAUGAGUUGGAGAAUGAAUGUUGACAUUGCCAAAGCCAUUGGCUCCCCUGUCUUGACAAUAUCGGACUUUAAUGAAUCUUGCAAUACGGACAUUAACACAUUAGUGGACGAGUUAUUGUCUCGCACUGCACUUAUUAAAGAUCAAGUUGAAAGUGCAGGUCUCAAUUAUAUUGGCAAUAUCGCCAAUCGUGUGACAAUUUCAGAUGCUCAAGCUCUACGUAAUGCUCUUCGCUUAAAAGUACGUGAAAAUGACGUUCCAUUUCUCGGAUUCUUACCAAACGACGAGUUUAUUGCUUCUAAACGCUUGAAUGAAGUAACACAUCAACUUGGUGCGACGCAAUUAUUUGGUACAAAUGCUAUUCCCAAUAAUAUUGUCGUUACGUCCGCCGUUGUUGCAACAAGUGCAUUAAAAGAUCUAUUUGCACAUUUAAAAAAUUAUAAAGAUGGAGCAUUAGUGAUAACAUCAGCUGAUCGUUCUGAUGUGAUGCUUGGUCUCAUGGCUUCUCGUUUGCCUGGAAUUUUGCCCAAUGUCUCAGCUAUUGUAUUAACGAAUGGCAGUUAUCCGCAUAGCAAUACACACGAAAUUCUCCAAGGUGUUGAAGCAUUAAAUCAAACAGGACUGUCAAUUCCUAUCUUUUCAGUACCAGAAGACACAUUCACUACCGCCUACAAGUUUGCACAAGUCUCAACUGAUAUUUUACCAACAAGUUUAUUGAAAAUUGACCGUUCAAAACAAUUAUUUGAUGAAUUUGUUGAAACGGAAAAUUUAAUUGGUGAAUUAAAUGAAGGAAUGGUGGACAAUCGAUCUCCAAAACAAUUUCAACAUUAUCUUUUUCGUAAAGCACGAACAGUUGAGCGUCAUAUUGUAUUAACGGAAGGACAAGAUAUACGUGUAUUGCAAGCUGCGGAUCAAAUUUUACGUCAACAGUUAGCAAAAGUGACAAUUUUAGGUGAUAAAGAUGAAAUUGAGCGUCAUGCAAAAGCUUUGGCACUUGAUUUGUCAAAUGCUUCGAUCGUCGAGACAGCAAAGAGUCAAAACUUGGAUACAUAUGUCAAUCGAUACUAUGAAAAGCGUAAACAUAAAGGUGUAACUCGUGAAUCUGCUCGAGAUGCAGUAUUAGAAGAAACGUGUUUUGGUACAAUGAUGGUGGAAAUUGGAGAUGCAGAUGGAAUGGUCUCUGGUGCGUGCCAUACAACGGCUAAUACAAUUCGUCCAGCUUUGCAAUUGAUUAAAACGGCACCAAAUCGACCGAUUGUAUCAAGUAUCUUUUUUAUGUGUCUUGAAGAUGGUGUGCGUAUUUAUGGAGACUGUGCGGUGAAUACAGACCCAAAUGCUGAGGAAUUGGCCCAAAUUGCAGUUACAAGUGCCGAAAGUGCCGAAGCUUUUGGGUUAAUUCCAAAAGUAGCUUUGCUUUCAUAUGCAACUGGUGAUUCCAAUUCUGGACCAAUUGUUGAUAAAGUGCGUGAAGCAACAAAAAUUGCGCAACAUUUGCGUCCAGAUUUGGACAUUUAUGGUCCAAUUCAAUACGAUGCUGCAGUGGAUGAAUCAAUUGCUAAGACAAAAUUAAAGGCCAUUCCAAGUGGGGCAAAAGUUGGUGGACAAGCGAAUGUAUUGAUUUUUCCUGAUUUAAAUACGGGCAACAAUACAUACAAAGCAGUACAACAGAGUACUGGAUGUAUUGCAAUGGGUCCAAUGUUACAAGGAUUGCGAAAACCUGUGAAUGAUUUAAGUCGUGGUGCGACGGUCAAAGAUAUUGUCACGACAGUUGCAAUUACUGCAAUUCAAGCUGAUCAAAUGAUUCGAAAGCGUGAAGACGAUGCAAUUGCAGCUGCAGCUUAG